GCCGCAAGAUCGCGCUGCUGGUGGGCAUCAACUACCCGGGCACCAAGGCCGAGCUCAAGGGCUGCUACAACGACGUCGACCGCAUGCGCCGCUGCCUUGUCGACCGCUUCGGCUUCGACGAGGCCGACAUCCGGGUCCUCACCGACGCCGACCGAUCCGCGCCGCAGCCCACGGGGGCUAACAUCCGCCGCGCCCUCGCCCGCCUCGUCGGGGAUGCCCGCCCCGGGGACUUCCUCUUCUUCCACUACAGCGGCCACGGCACGCGCCUGCCAGCCGAGACGGGGCAGCACGACGACACCGGCUACGACGAGUGCAUCGUGCCCUGCGACAUGAACCUCAUCACAGAUCAGGAUUUCAGGGAACUCGUGCAGAAGGUCCCUGAAGGUUGCCUAUUCACCAUCGUCUCUGACUCAUGCCAUAGUGGUGGCCUGCUGGACAGUGCUAAGGAGCAGAUAGGUAAUAGCACCAAGCAGAAUAAGACCCAGUCCCGUGAACCUGAUGAGCCUCGUCAUUCUGGUUCUGGCAGCGGCUUCCGGUCAUUUCUCAAAGAGACUGUCCGCGAUGUGUUCGAGUCUGAGGGGAUUCACAUCCCUCAUAGUCGUCGCCAUGGGGAUGAUGACCAGGACGACGGUUACGCACAGCCAACUGGAAAUGGCCGCACCAAAAACCGCUCCCUGCCACUCUCGACCCUGAUAGAGAUGCUCAAGGAACAAACUGGAAAGGAUGACAUUGAUGUGGGUUCUAUCCGGAUGACGCUGUUCAACAUCUUUGGUGAUGAUGCCAGCCCAAAGAUUAAGAAGUUCAUGAAGGUCAUGCUCGGAAAGUUCCACCAGGGCCAGUCAGGUGAGCAAGGCAGUGGUGGUGGUGGUGUCUUUGGCAUGGUUGGUGCCCUUGCUCAGGAGUUCUUGAAGGCUAAGCUUGAAGGGAAGGAGGAAGAGGCUUUCAAACCUGCAUUAGAGCAAGAGGUUCACAGUGUUGACGAGGUGUACGCCGGGAGUAAGGCCUGGGCACCAAACAAUGGCAUUCUGAUCAGUGGGUGCCAGACUAACCAAACAUCAGCGGAUGCAACUACACCGCAGGGUGUCUCCUUUGGUGCUCUGAGCAAUGCUAUCCAAACCAUUCUUGCAGACAAGCACGGGAAGGUGACGAAUAAGGAUCUCGUGAUGAAAGCACGUGAGCUGCUGUCCAAGCAAGGGUACACUCAACAGCCUGGACUAUACUGCAGCGAUGAGCAUGUUCAUGUCGCUUUCAUAUGCUAAAACUUGGAUUGUUACAGCGAUUGCUUUCCUCCAUCCUUUUGUGUUGAUCGGUGCACCAGAGGUUGAUGUUUUUCUUCCCAUGUAUGUUACAGCUAUAUUGUAUCAGUGUUUGUUGCUUGAGGAUAUGUUUCAAUGGACUAUGUCAAUAUUGAAAUAACUUUUGAGAAAUGUUUCUAUAUAUGAAUAAUAUACACACUUGUAUCAUGAUCUGUACCAACCUGUAAGCUACACUAAACAUAUCAGUUUUCCUACAUUCCGUCG